UUAUAAACCACAAAAGCUCAUUAACACCACCAAGCAUUUCAGUCAGCCGCCUCUCCAGCUUUGUUAUUGCAGGAAGGUACACUGAAGGGAUCAGGCCGUUGGACAUGGCUGAGGAUAAAGGCAAGAGAGACUCCAUCGGGAUGAGUCUGCGGGGAUGCCGGACAAACAACGGGUUUGUGCAGAAUGAAGACAUCCUGGAGAAGGAGCUGGACCUGGGCAGCCCGCCAGACAGCGCAGUGGCCAUUCUUGGCCCCGCUGAGCCUGCCCUGCAAGGCAUCAGGCCGUACGCGGGCAUGCCCAAGGAGGUGCUGUUCCAGUUCUCCGGCCAGGCCCGCUACCGGGUGCCCCGGGAGGUGCUCUUCUGGCUCACCGUGGCUUCUGUGCUCGUCCUCACUGUGGCCACCAUAGCCAUCAUCGCCGUGUCGCCCAAGUGCCUGGACUGGUGGCAGGCAGGGCCCAUAUACCAGAUCUACCCGAGGUCUUUCAAGGACAGUGACCAGGAUGGGAACGGAGACCUGAGAGGUAUCCAAGAGAAACUGGACUACAUUGCAAGUUUAAAUAUAAAAACUAUUUGGAUUACUUCAUUCUAUAAAUCAUCCCUUAAAGAUUUCCGACACGGUGUUGAAGAUUUCCAAGAAAUUGAUCCUAUUUUUGGAACGAUGAAGGAUUUUGAGGAUCUGGUUGCAGCCAUACAUGACAAAGGUUUAAAAUUAAUAAUCGAUUUCAUACCAAACCAUACCAGUGAUAAACAUGCUUGGUUUCAACUGAGUCGGAAUCGGACAGGGAAAUACACUGACUAUUACAUCUGGCAUGACUGUAGGCAUGACGGUGGCACAACCACACCACCCAACAACUGGUUAAGUGUAUACGGAAACUCCAGUUGGCACUUUGACGAAGUACGAAACCAGUGUUAUUUCCACCAGUUUUUGAAAGAGCAACCUGAUUUAAAUUUCCACAAUCUUGACGUUCAAGAAGAAAUAAAAGAAAUUAUACAGUUCUGGCUCAAAAAAGGUGUUGAUGGCUUUAGUUUCGAUGCUGUUAAAUUUCUUCUAGAAGCAGAGCAUCUGAGAGAUGAAGCCCAAGUGAAUAAGGCUCAAAUACCGGACACGGUGACACAUUACUGGGAGCUGUACCACGACUUCACAACCACGCAAGUGGGAAUGCAUGACAUUGUCCGGAGCUUCCGGCAAACAAUGGACCAGUACAGCAGGGAGCCUGGGAGAUACAGGUUCAUGGGGAUUGAAGCCUAUGGAGAGAGCAUUGACAGGACCAUGAUGUACUAUGGGCUGCCUUUUAUUCAAGAAGCAGAUUUUCCCUUCAACAAUUAUCUCAGUAAGCUAAACACUCCUUCUGGGAACAGUGUGUUUGAGGUUAUCACAUCCUGGAUGGAAAACAUGCCAGAAGGAAAAUGGCCUAAUUGGAUGAUUGGUGGACCGGACAACGCCCGGCUGACUUCUCGUUUUGGGGAAGAAUAUGUCAACAUCAUGAACAUGCUUAUUUUCACACUCCCUGGAACUCCCAUAACUUACUAUGGGGAAGAAAUAGGAAUGAGAAAUAUUUUAGUCACAAAUCUCAACGAAAGCUAUGAUGUUAAUGCCCUCCUCUCAAAGUCACCAAUGCAGUGGGACAAUAGCUCAAAUGCUGGUUUUUCUGAAGCCAGUCACACCUGGUUACCCAUCAAUUCAGAUUACCAUACUGUGAAUGUUGAUGUCCAAAAGACUAAAUCCAGAUCAGCACUGAAGUUAUAUCAAGACUUAAGUCGGCUUCAUGCCAAUGAGCUGCUCCUCAGCAGGGGCUGGUUUUGCUAUUUGAGGAAUGACAGCCACUCUGUUGUGUACACAAGAGAGCUGGAUGGCAUCGACAGAGUCUUUCUCGUGGUUCUGAAUUUUGGAGAAUCAACAACAGUCAAUCUAAAGGAAAUGAUUUCUAAUAUUCCCACGAGAGUGAGGAUAAGGUUAAGUACCAAUUCGACCUACGAGGGCAGUGAAGUUGAUACGUAUGGCAUUUUACUGGACAAAGGAGAAGGCCUCAUCCUUGAAUACAACACGAAAAAUCUCCUUCAUCAUCAAACAGCUUUCAGAGACAGAUGUUUUGUUUCCAACCGGGCAUGCUACUCCAGUGUAUUAAACAUACUGCACAACUUGUGUUAGGCACCUUUAUGAAAGAGAUGAAGACACUGGCAUAUCCUGUUCUAUUACAAGCAUGUGCAGUACCUUCAUGCAUAGCACACUGCUGGGUGAAUACAACUUGAAUGUAAUGGCUUUAGAAAAGGUUCCCAAAUGUUUUUUAAAAAUAAUAAAAUCAUCGCUUGUAGAACUUGUAACUUUACUGAGAUAGCAUCAAUAUAAGAGAUGAUCAGAACACCUUAGAGUCGACUCCAGAAUAUUAGAUAGAUCUGGUGAAUUCUAAUGUGAAAAAGGUUAUCGUUUUUCACAAAAUACAGGCAUAGAAAUUGGAGGAUGACUUACUGCGGAAGUGUCUAAAUACGUUUACUAGCAAAGAGGCAGGACCUUGAUUUGUAAACUUUUCAAAGAAAAUGUUAGAA